UCACGGGCAUACAGCACCUUCUUAGUUAGCCUAUCCUACCCUACUCUACCCUACCUUGCAGAGGUACUACUAAGAGAACCACGGUGGAGGUACAGGACUGAAUUUUACAGCAAGUUUUCUUGCAGUCGAGUCCAAGAAGAGCACGAUGCCGGUGCUGCAUUCGAUCAUAUAACGGGAGGCCAGUUUUACACACCUACGAUUUUUGGUGCCGAUCGGAUCAAUCAAUAUGUAUCAAGAAGGAUAACUAUGGGAAUGAGUACAACACUACUGCAGCUGCUAGCUGUGACUCUGUGCACGGUCGCAGCUACAGUUCCGUGUCCCUGGUCCGAAAGUGUCGUCAAAUUGGAGAGUUCCUGUAUUUGCGAUACGAAUUUGGCCAAUGAACUCUCGAUACAAUGCGAUACCGUCGAUUACGGGCAAUUGGUAUCGGCCAUGCGCCGAUACGCCUCCAAGAUCACGAUAGACUUGUUAUUCAUCAACAGCAGUACAAUCGGCGUGUUGAGAAACGGUUCGUUGUCCACGUUGAGGAUCAACAAUAUGCAAUUGUCAAGCUGUCGCAUAAGAACGAUAGAGGAGAGUGCCUUCCUAGGUCAGGAAAAUAAUUUGAAGAGUCUCAACUUGAAGGACAACGAGCUCACGGAAAUAUCAACGCCGAUAUUAAAGACGUUGAAAAAUCUAACGCUUUUGGAUUUAUCCAUGAAUAAGAUCACGCGGGUCGUCGAUAACGCCUUUGGUGGCAUGAGAUUAGCCACUCUGAAGUUGUCUGAUAACGAAGUGACGCUAUCCACUGGCGCCUUUUGGGGUUUGGAGAGAACACUUAAGAAUCUUAAUCUCAAGGGGACUAGACAGAAAAAGAUACCGGAAGCACUGAGGGGUCUGAAGGCUCUCGCUUUUCUGGACCUCUCGCAGAACAGCUUACGAGAACUUCCGGGCUCUGCGGGACCUAAGGCAUUCGAGGGACUCGACUCACUCACCGGUUUGAAUUUGGAGAGAAAUCUCAUUCAGAAUAUUGGACCUGAUGCUUUCUAUGGUGUCAGAAAUACUUUGAGUUCCUUGAGCUUACUUAACAAUCUUAUUCCUGACUUUCCAACUGGUGCUAUAAACAGCGUUCACGACUUGAAGGUGCUGGAUAUUGGUUUUAAUUUGAUAACCGAACUGCCAGUAAAUGCCUUUCAAAAUAAUCCGUCGAUUACACUACUAGCCAUUGACGGAAACCCAUUGACUACAGUACCUGAGGAAUCUUUAGCCAAUCUUAAUGGCACUUUACGCGGCUUGAGUUUAGGUGGCCGCUUUCUAGUUUGUGAUUGUAAGUUAAGAUGGAUCGUGGAAUGGAUUCGUACCAAGGAUUUACGCGUAACGAGCCGUGAGCGCAAGCCACAAUUUUGUGGAGGACCGCAGAGACUUCAAGACCGAAAUUUCUACAACAUUGAACCCACAGAAAUGACCUGCGAGAGACCUUCUGAAAUUGUUGGAAUAGGUACCGUCGAGAGUGUGGAUACUAAAGAGCCAACUGGUCCGGUGGAUGGUGUAGUAGAUUCAUUAUUACCAACCACAAGAUCACCACCAAUUACAACACCGAGUAUACCAAGGAUUUCCGGUACGACUGCUAGAAUUACUACAAUUGUACCAUCAACUACUACGGAAAUAAGAAGGGUUGAAGUAUCAUCUUCGACAACACUGGCGCCAGCCAUCAUAAGUAGACCAACCGUUGCACGAACCGGAAACGUUGUAAAAACACGUACCACGCCUGCGUCAAUCAAACAUAACCAAGAUUUAGGAAGUAUACAGCAGCAUCAGCCAAGGCCACCAUUGGUACUUGGAUCACCUCUUUACAAAGCAAAAUCAAACGACAAGGACAUCAUUGUAAAGGACGUCCUCAGGCAAGACAAUGCAGUGAUCAUCUACUGGGACACAGAAGCAGCGAAUAUUAUUGGAUUUCGAGUAAUAUAUCGUCUCUUUGGAGAUAAUAGUUUCAAGCAAGCACCGCCGUUGGAAGCAAGUGAAAGAGAAUUUAAAAUUAAGAACGUUCCUUCGCAGGAAUGUAUAGUAGUGUGUGUAGUCUCCUUGGAGGAAACCAACGUGACACCAGCUAAUGUGCCGUACAAUCAAUGCCGAGAAGUAAGGACAGAAAAUUCGCCAACGUCAAACAUGGACAAGAUAACGAUAGCAGCAAGCGCAGCGAUUUGCGCUACGAUAGUAGUGGCAGUAAUAAUUUUCGUUGUAGCCAACCGUCGGAGGGCUCGAAAAUUGCAUACACUGCACACUAUAGAUCAGACAAAAAUGGGUGGACCCAUAGCUGGUCUUCCUGUCAAUUGUUGUUCUACCGUAGGACCUACCCCGAGUCCUGGUGGACCGUUAUCAUCAAUGGCAACACUGAGUGCUUUCAACAAUCAAAAAGAAUGGGACCAAGUGUCAGCGUAUAGCAACAGGAGUAUUCCAAGGCCACGAGUAUUCCCCAUAGAGAGACAAGGCUCUAUAACGAGGGCUUCCUGCAUUGACGACGUCAGAUCUCAAGCGGGACAUUAUGGCGGAAAAGUAGCACCAAGAUCUAUAGCUGAUGGCCAGUCUCAACAUAGCUUUUCGAAUAAUUCUAAUCGAUAUUUUGCUAAUAACGCUUUGGCCACGAAUCUUGUCAAUUCCAGACCAGAAUUGCGACAAUCUCGACAAUCCCUGGCUGCGGCAUCGGAUAGAAUGUCUAGGGCAAGCUUCCCGGCGAGUCAUUUACCACCGCACGCUUCCUCUAGGAGGCAGCGGCCACGCUCGCGAAACCGUACCAUGGAGCAACAUCCACCGAGACCCGGAAGUCGAUACAGCCUGGCGGACUCGACGCACACGUUGAAUAAUUAUGAGGAGAAUAAUUGGACAGACCACGACAUGGAUAUUUAUAUGGCCAGGAAUCCAACGACGAGGAGCGGUCUCGUACCACUCUGAAGAUCGAAUUUUGCUCAAAAAGUGUUUCCGAGGAGAAAAAUCUAACCGAUUACAACGGUGGUUAGAAUACAUGUAUUAUAAUAAUUUUAGGUUACGUUAGAGAUUCAUAUAAUAGGGAAUACUUAAGGAAUCAUUAGAAUAAGAUUGAGAGAUGGACAAGCACGAAGUACUAGGAUAUUGAUACCGGUAUUAUCGUUUAGAGAACGUAUAGAAGUGCUACGCAAAUAAUUUAAUUGAGCAAUCAUCUACUUCUUAAUUAAUUAUGAAUAAGUCACCUUGUAAUUAACGAAUCAACAUUCAUGAGGUGCUCCCGCUGCAUUAAAAAAUUGGCCUCAUUUCCGUUUGUAAUGAUACAUUAUUCAAUAACGAAACUGAAACCGUAAGGUCGCGUUCACAUAUACGAUGAUCCGACAAACGGUGCAAGUAUUCUACUACCCAAAGACUGUAUACUCGACGUUAUCAUUUUUUUAAUGACAACAGUGUGACGCUAGAAAUAAUGAAUUUCCAAUUGCAAUAACUCGCAAAAUUCAACGAGGCCACUGGUACCACAGUCGCAUUAUUCACAAAUGGUAAUAACUAAAUAAUAAAACAAAUGCUGUAAUAGUCUUCCCUGAA